GCCUCGGCGGCGGGGGCGGUUUGGGGCGGUGGGAGCGGCGCACGCCGAGGGUCCCCCCGGCCCCCCGCCCCUCACCCGGCCAUGGCGUCCCCGCUGAGGGAGGACGAGGAGGAGGAGGAGGAGAUGGCGGUGUCCGAGGGGGACGAGGAGGACGACGACGAGGAGGACGACGAGGAAGAGGAGGAGGAAGACGCCGCCGCCGCCGCCGCCGCCGCUGCUGCUGCGCUCUUGGCCGGGCACCGAGGGCCCCCGACAUCUUCGCCGGGCCGGCCCCGGCCCCCGCUCCCCAGAUUCCCGGUGGUACCGCCGGAAUCCCCCGAGUGCCCCCCGAACCCCUCAGAGAUUCCCGCAGUUACCGGGAACCCCGAGCCCCUCAGAGGCUCGCGGGGGCACCGGGACCCCCCAAGCGUCCCCCCGAGCUCAUCGUCACUCGAGCCCCUCAGCGCUUCCCGGGGCCGCCCCCCGAGCUGCCCCUUCCCGCUCCCUCAGCGCUUCCCGGAGGUGCCCGCAGCUCCUCCCGGAGCUUCUCGCAGGUACCGGAGACCCCUGAGCCACCCUGAUCCCCACUGUCCCCUCAGUGCUUCCCGCCGUGCUUCUCACCGGUACCGGGACCCCCUGAGCCCCUUCUCUGGUCCCCUCAGCGCUUCCCGCCUUCCCCUCAUUUCUCUCUCCCCUCAUGCACUCAGGGAGGGGUUUUACUUUAGGAUCGCGGGCCCCCCCUUCCUCCAGCGGGGUUUUUUUUGGUGUUUUUUCGGGUUUUUUCCCCUUUUUCUCGAGGUGCGGGGAGUGGGAGCGUCACGUGUGUGGAAAAUUCUGGUUGAUGCUUUGCCAACGCGCCCCGGCUCCCCGCGCAUGUCCGAUGGGCCCGGGGGGGGUUGGAUUUGGGGGGUGAAAAGGGGGGAAAACACCCCAAAAAUGGCAGGAGCGGGCCCGCAGGGGCUCGGCCCCAUCCCCGCCAGCGGCCGCGUGUCCCCGGCAACACCCCCAGAUGGUGACGAGGAGCUGCUGCGGGGCCUCGAGGGGGCCCUGGGGGUGAAGAAGAAGAAAAGGGGCCCCCGGAAACAGAAGGAAAACAAACCCGGGAAACCCCGGAAACGGAAAAAACUGGUGAGCGAGGAUGAGCUGGAGUCCGAGAGGGACGAGUACCCCCGGGAGGAGUACCGGGAGAAGUCGGAGAGCGGCGGCAGCGACUCGGGCGGCGCGGCGCGGAAGCGGCGGCGGAAGCACCGCGAGAAGAAGGAGAAGAAAACCAAGAGGCGGAAAAAGGCCGAUGAUGAGGGGGGGCAGAAGGUCAAGGCGGUGGAGCAGAAAUCCUCGGCGCAGCUGUUGGGGGCCUGGGGGCUGGAGGACGUGGACCACGUGUUCACCGAGGAGGAUUAUCACACCCUCACCAACUACAAGGCCUUCAGCCAGUUCAUGAGGCCCCUGAUCGCCAAGAAGAACCCCAAGAUCCCCAUGUCCAAGAUGAUGACCAUCCUGGGGGCCAAGUGGAGGGAGUUCAGCGCCAACAACCCCUUCAAGGGCUCGGCCGCCGCCGUGGCCGCGGCUGCAGCGGCCGCAGCGGCCGCCGUGGCCGAGCAGGUGUCGGCAGCCGUGGCCAGCGUGGCCCCCGAGGCGCCGCCGCCGCCGCUGCACAAGGCCAAGACCAAGGAGGGCAAAGGCCCCGGGCACAAGAAGCGCAGCAAGAGCCCGCGGGUGCCCGAGCUGAAGAGGAAGAUGAAGGGCAGGAAGAUGGCGCCGCUCAAGAUCAAACUGGGAGUACUGGGAGGAAAACGCAAGAAGAGCAGCUCGAGCGAGGACGCGGGCGAGGCCGAGGAGGAGUCGGACGCCGAGAGCCCCGGGGUGCUGGGGGCCGCCCCCCGCCCCGACCCCGGCACGCGCCUCAAGAAGCUCAAGCGGGGCCGCCCCGGCCGCAAGAAAAAGAAAGGCCCGGGCCCCGAGGAGGAGGGCGAUGGCUACGAGACCGACCACCAGGACUACUGCGAGGUGUGCCAGCAGGGCGGGGAGAUCAUCCUGUGCGACACCUGCCCCCGCGCCUACCACCUGGUGUGCCUGGACCCCGAGCUGGACCGCGCCCCCGAGGGGCGCUGGAGCUGCCCCCACUGCGAGAAGGAGGGCGUGCAGUGGGAGGCCAAGGAGGAGGAGGAGGAGGAGGAAGAGGAGGAGGAGGAGGGCGAGAAGGAGGAGGAGGAUGACCACAUGGAGUACUGCCGCGUGUGCAAGGACGGCGGCGAGCUGCUGUGCUGCGACGCCUGCGUGUCCUCGUACCACAUCCACUGCCUGAACCCGCCCCUGCCCGAGGUCCCCAACGGCGAGUGGCUCUGUCCCGCUGCACCUGGGAGGGGCUAUUCCCGCUGCACGUGCCCGGUGCUGAAGGGGCGCGUGCAGAAGAUCCUGUACUGGCGCUGGGGGGAGCCCCCCGCCCCCGUGGCGCCCCCGGGAGCCCCCCAGGCCCAGGAGGGGCCCCCCCAGGCCCUGCAGGGCCGCUCGGAGCGAGAGUUCUUCGUCAAGUGGGUGGGGCUGUCCUACUGGCACUGCUCCUGGAUCAAGGAGCUGCAGCUGGAGAUCUUCCACCUGGUGAUGUACCGGAACUACCAGCGGAAGAACGACAUGGACGAGCCCCCUCCCCUGGACUACGGCUCCGGGGACGACGACCCCAAGAGCGAGAAACGGGGCGCAGGGGGGGACCCCCUGUUCGGGGGCAUGGAGGAGCGGUUCUACCGCUACGGCAUCAAACCCGAGUGGAUGACGGUGCACCGCAUCAUCAACCACAGCGUGGACCGGAAGGGGCAGUACCACUACCUGGUGAAGUGGCGGGACCUGCCCUACGACCAGGCCACCUGGGAGGAGGAUGAGAUGCCCAUCCCCGACUACGACCUGCACAAGCUGGCGUACUGGAAACACCGGGAGGUGUUCAUGGGGGAGGACCCGGCCCAGCCCCGGCGUUACAAGAAGAAGAAGAAGGAGACGCCGGGGGAGGGACCCCCCGACUCGCCCACCAACGACUCCCUUUUGAGCACCGACACCAUCCUGGCCGACGAGAUGGGGCUGGGCAAGACCAUCCAGACCAUCGUCUUCCUCUACUCGCUCUACAAGGAGGGCCACACCAAGGGCCCGUUCCUCGUCAGCGCGCCGCUCUCCACCAUCAUCAACUGGGAGCGCGAGUUCCAGAUGUGGGCCCCGGCCUUCUACGUUGUCACCUACACGGGGGACAAGGACAGCAGGGCCAUCAUCCGCGAGAACGAGUUCUCCUUCGACGACAACGCCAUGAAGGGCGGCAAGAAGGCCUUCAAGAUGAAGCGCGAGGCCCAGGUGAAGUUCCACGUGCUGCUCACGUCCUACGAGCUCAUCACCAUCGACCAGGCGGCGCUGGGCUCCAUCCGCUGGGCCUGCCUGGUGGUGGACGAGGCCCACCGGCUCAAGAACAACCAGUCCAAGUUUUUCCGGGUGCUGAACGGGUACAAGAUUGAGCACAAGCUGCUCCUCACGGGGACCCCGCUGCAGAACAACCUGGAGGAGCUGUUCCACCUGCUCAACUUCCUGACACCUGAGCGCUUCAACAACCUGGAGGGCUUCCUGGAGGAGUUUGCCGACAUCUCCAAGGAGGACCAGAUCAAGAAGCUCCACGACCUGCUGGGCCCGCACAUGCUGCGGCGCCUCAAGGCCGACGUCUUCAAGAACAUGCCGGCCAAGACGGAGCUGAUCGUGCGCGUGGAGCUCAGCCCCAUGCAGAAGAAGUACUACAAGUACAUCCUGACGAGGAACUUCGAGGCGCUCAACUCGCGGGGCGGCGGCAACCAGGUGUCGCUGCUCAACAUCAUGAUGGACCUCAAGAAGUGCUGCAACCACCCCUACCUGUUCCCCGUGGCUGCCAUGGAGUCCCCGAAGCUGCCGAGUGGCGCCUACGAGGGCGGGGCCCUGAUCAAGGCCUCGGGGAAGCUGCUGCUGCUGCAGAAGAUGCUGCGCAAGCUGAAGGAGCAGAACCACCGCGUGCUCAUCUUCUCCCAGAUGACGAAGAUGCUGGACCUGCUGGAGGAUUUCCUGGACUACGAGGGCUACAAGUACGAGCGCAUCGACGGCGGCAUCACCGGGGCGCUGCGGCAGGAGGCCAUCGACCGCUUCAACGCGCCGGGGGCGCAGCAGUUCUGUUUCCUGCUGUCGACGCGGGCCGGGGGCCUCGGCAUCAACCUGGCGACGGCCGACACCGUGGUGAUCUUCGACUCGGACUGGAACCCCCACAACGACAUCCAGGCCUUCAGCCGUGCCCACCGCAUCGGCCAGGCCAACAAGGUGAUGAUUUACCGCUUUGUGACGCGGGCCUCGGUGGAGGAGCGGAUCACGCAGGUGGCCAAGCGCAAGAUGAUGCUGACGCACCUGGUGGUGCGCCCGGGGCUGGGCUCCAAGGCCGGCUCCAUGUCCAAGCAGGAGCUCGACGACAUCCUCAAGUUCGGCACCGAGGAGCUCUUCAAGGACGAGAACGAGGGGGACAACAAGGAGGAGGACAGCAGCGUCAUCCACUACGACAACGAGGCCAUCGCGCGGCUGCUGGACCGCAACCAGGACGCCACCGACGACGCCGACGUGCAGAACAUGAACGAGUACCUGAGCUCCUUCAAGGUGGCCCAGUACGUCGUCAGGGAGGAGGACAAGAUCGAGGAGAUCGAGCGGGAGAUCAUCAAGCAGGAGGAGAACGUGGACCCCGACUACUGGGAGAAGCUGCUGAGGCACCACUACGAGCAGCAGCAGGAGGACCUGGCCCGGAACCUGGGCAAGGGCAAGCGCGUGCGCAAGCAGGUCAACUACAACGACGCCGCCCAGGAGGACCAAGACAACCAGUCCGAGUACUCGGUGGGCUCCGAGGAGGAGGACGAGGACUUCGACGAGCGGCCCGAGGGCCGGCGUCAGUCCAAGCGGCAGCUGCGGAACGAGAAGGACAAACCCCUCCCCCCACUGCUGGCCCGGGUGGGCGGCAACAUCGAGGUGCUGGGGUUCAACACGAGGCAGCGCAAGGCUUUCCUCAACGCGUCGCGCUGGGGGAUGCCGCCCCAGGACGCCUUCACGUCCCAGUGGCUCGUGCGGGACCUGCGAGGCAAAACCGAGAAGGAGUUCAAGGCCUACGUGUCCCUGUUCAUGCGCCACCUGUGCGAGCCGGGCGCCGACGGCUCCGAGACCUUUGCGGACGGCGUCCCCAGGGAGGGGCUGAGCCGGCAGCAGGUGCUGACCCGCAUCGGAGUCAUGUCCCUCGUCAAGAAAAAGGUGCAGGAGUUCGAGCACAUCAACGGGCGCUGGUCCCUGCCCGAGCUGGCCCCCGAGCCCAGCGCCGACUCCAAGCGCUCGUCCCGCGCCUCCUCCCCCGCCAAGACCGGCCCCCCCAGCCCCGAGCAGAGCGGCCCCCCCAGCCCCGCGCCCCCCACACCCGCCACGCCGGCGCCCAGCGAGCGCGGGGACGGGCCAGGGCCACCCCCGGACAGGGACGAGGGUGACACCAGGGACGAGAAGGAGCCCAAAGGCCCCGAGAAGAUGGAGACAGAUCCUCCUGUCCCCGAGGUGCCACCGUCGCCGGGCGAUGGCAGCGAGGCCGAAGGGCCCCGCAAGGGGGAGGAGGAGGAGGGACCCGGCCACAGGGACCCCGAGGCCGAAGGGCCCCCGGCCCGCGAGGAGCGGCCAGGUGCCGAGGCCGAGAAGGUUCCGGGGCUGGACAAGGGUGAUGAGAAGGUUCCGGAGGAGGAGCCCAAGGAGCGCCCAGGGGACCCCGACCCCAAAAGAGAGGAGCCCAAGGGCGAGCGGGAGCCGCGGGCGGAGGCGCGGCCCAACGGGCGCCGCGAGGACAGGGCCGAGAAACCGCGGUUCAUGUUCAACAUCGCCGACGGCGGCUUCACGGAGCUGCACACGCUGUGGCAGAACGAGGAGCGCGCCGCCAUCUCCUCGGGGAAGCUCAACGAGAUCUGGCACCGGCGCCACGACUACUGGCUGCUGGCCGGCAUCGUCCUCCACGGCUACGCGCGCUGGACCGACAUCCAGAACGACGGCGCCUUCGGGGUCAUCAACGAACCCUUCAAGGGCGAGGCCUCCAAGGGAAACUUCCUGGAGAUGAAGAACAAGUUCCUGGCGCGCCGCUUCAAGCUGCUGGAGCAGGCGCUGGUGAUCGAGGAGCAGCUGCGCCGCGCCGCCUACCUGAACAUGACGCAGGACCCCAGCCACCCCGCCAUGGCGCUCAACACGCGCUUCGCCGAGGUCGAGUGCCUGGCCGAGAGCCACCAGCACUUGUCCAAGGAGUCGCUGGCGGGCAACAAGCCGGCCAACGCCGUGCUGCACAAGGUGCUGAACCAGCUGGAGGAGCUGCUGAGCGACAUGAAGGCGGACGUGACGCGCCUGCCGGCCACGCUGUCCCGCAUCCCCCCCAUCGCCGCGCGCCUGCAGAUGAGCGAGCGCAGCAUCCUCAGCCGCCUGGCCAGCAAGGGCACCGAGAGCCACCCCCCGCCCAGCUUCCCGCCGGGUCCCUACGCCACCCCCCCGAGCUACGGGGGCACCUUCGGAACCCCCCCGGCCGGAGCCCUCCCCCACCCCGGGGGGGCCAACUACAGCCAGAUGCCACCGGGGUCCUUCAUCUCCGCCUCGAACGGCCCCGCGGUGCUGGUGAAGCGCGAGGCGGAGGCGCUGGAGCAGCGCAAGGAGCCCCGGGGGGGGGAGGUGAUCUGCAUCGACGACUGAGGGGGGGCGGGGCCUGGG